AUGGCAGCGCCAACCGACGACAAAGCCUCUCCAACCCUAGACGACCUCUUCGUCUUUGGGCUGGCCAAUCGACGGGCUGUGGUGGGCGACGCCUUUGUGGAUCAAGCUCUGGAAAAAGGGCUCGAGCGAAUUCGCAUUUCCCGGCCAAGAGCUCGUUACAACAUGGUGCUGGGGAUGGGGCAUGGGGACGGCCUGGACUUGCCAAACGAGAUCGCAGUUUGCUUAACAUUGGCAUGUUGA